AUGGUCUGGUUACAUAGUGAGGAAGCAUAUAUGCCCUCUGACAUCGGGGAGCAGCUUGUACACACCACGCCGAUGGUGAAUUGGAAACCUAUCGACAAGGCCCCGUCGGCGACGACUCUUGAUAACCUUGACCAGUUUAAUAACCUUGGCAACACGAGCGUUUAUUUGACUUCAAAGGAAGGAAUCGAUGCUGACCCUCAGCCUUCAUGGUUUGGAGGGGUUAAACCUGACCAAGACGGUCGAACGCAGGACGCAAUCUCUUCAACCAUCAUUCUUCGUGACCACGGGGACGGGACCCUGGACGCUUUUUAUUUCUACUUCUAUGCUUUUAACCAGGGAAACACAGUUUUAGCAAUGGAGUUCGGGGACCAUAUCGGAGACUGGGAGCAUAAUAUGAUACGGUUCUCGGAGGGUGUCCCACAAGCAAUCUGGUACAGCCAGCAUGCCUCGGGGCAGGCGUUUACGUAUGGAGCAACGGAGAAAAUCGGCAAGCGUCCGAUUGCAUAUUCAGGGAACGGUACCCAUGCUAAUUAUGCCAUUUCUGGGAAACAUGAUCACACUAUUCCCGGCUUCAACCUCCCUGAUGGGCUGAUUGUGGACCAUACUGAUUCUGGUACAUUGUGGGACCCGAUCCUGAGUGCCUAUGUUUAUAGCUAUGAUGCUUCUAAGGAAACAUUCCAGGCCUAUGACUCUGGGUACCCAGUCAACUGGUUGAAUUUCAACGGCCAGUGGGGAGACGAUGCGCUGCCGGGAGGGCCGGAACUGUUUGGACAGAAAAAGUACGUUGCGGGGCCGAAUGGACCGAAAUUCAAGAAACUGGUGAGGGACAAAGUGUGCCCGAGUAGCCCAUGUGUCGUUCUUCCUUUCCGAAUCUGGGAGAAUCAGACGUUGGAAGAGCAUUGA